UUGCUAGUGCAGUACGCAGCAGCAGCAACAGUGUGGUGCUCUGGGUCUCCAGCUCUGCCUGGCAGGCAAACCUCAGGCUCGGUGAACAUCUGCAAGACAAAUUUUUCAUGUUCUUCUGUAAAUGAAUGCUGUCUAACUGCACCAGGAAAAUGGGCACAGGGGAUUACAUCUGCAUUGCUAUGACUGGAGGGGCGCCUUGGGGCUUUAGAUUGCAAGGUGGCAAGGAGCAAAAGCAGCCUUUGCAAAUCGCCAAGGUUCGCAGCAAAAGCAAAGCAGCUAAGGCUGGCCUGUGUGAGGGGGAUGAGGUGGUGUCUAUCAAUGGCAAACCCUGUGGAGACUUAACCUAUGCUGAAGUUAUCGUUCUGAUGGAAAGCUUGACUGACGUCCUGCAGAUGCUUAUCAAGAGAUCCUCCAGUGGAAUAAAUGAAGCUUUGAGUGCUGAAAGAGAAAAUGGAAAGCAUGAUAACAUAAAAAAUGAGGACUAUAGGGAGAGCGCUACACUACAGGUUAAUACAGCCAAAGAGAUACCCCAUGGAGACUUAUGCAUCACAGAGAUAUACAGUGAGACUCACCAGGCAGCAGGAGAAAGCAACAUACACUUUUCUGAAAUGAAACAACAGACCACACAAAGCCACAGAAUUGCUCCUAAAGUGAUAGGCACCUCCAAAGUGCUUGUGACAGAUGAGUCUGCUCUCAGAGGGAAGAGAGAAGAAAGAAGGCCAGGCACUAUGGUUGAGUUGCAGUUGUCCCUCUCAAAUGACGGUCACAAGAGCACCAAUGCUCCUGCUGUGGCUCUCCUAGGGGCAGAAAAAUGCACCUCUUCAGGGAGAGGACCCACUGUACAAGAAGAUGGAACUAGCCCUGUAAUCGCAAUUCCCCUGGGUGUGAAAGAGGGCAACAUCCAGUGGUCAAGCAAAGUAGUCCAAUUUUCUAGUGGCAAAGAGGUCAAGAGGAUUCAAGGUGCAGCUCCAUCUAUCCCCAGGGUGGAGGUGAUCCUAGACUGUUCAGACAGGGAGAAGGAAGCACCCAGGUCUCUAGCUGAAAGGGGGUGUGUUGAUUCUCAAGUGGAAGGAGGGCAGUCAGAAGCACCUCCUUCCCUCCUCUCCUUUGCAAUCUCAUCAGAAGGCACAGAGCAGGGAGAAGACAACCAGCACUCGGAAAGGGAUCACAGACCUCUCAAGCACAGGGCGAGGCACGCAAGACUCCGGCGAAGUGAGAGCCUGUCAGAGAAGCAGGUCAAAGAAGCCAAAUCUAAAUGUAAAAGUAUUGCAUUGCUGCUGACAGCAGCUCCCAAUCCCAAUUCCAAGGGGGUGUUGAUGUUCAAGAAGCGUCGUCAAAGGGCAAGGAAAUAUACUUUAGUGAGCUACGGUACUGGGGAGCUAGAACGUGACGAAGACGAGGGUGAAGAAGGUGAAGGUGAAGAGGGGGACAAAGAAAACACUUUUGAAGUGAGUUUGCUUGCAACGAGUGAGUCAGAAAUAGAUGAAGAUUUCUUCUCUGACAUUGACAACGACGGCAAGAUUGUGACAUUUGACUGGGACAGCAGUCUACUUGAGGUGGAAAAGAAGACAAAAAGUGGAGACGAGAUGCAGACGCUUCCAGAGAGCACAGGUAAAGGGGCCCUCAUGUUUGCCAAGAGACGGCAGAGAAUGGAUCAGAUCACAGCUGAGCAAGAGGAGAUGAAGGCACGCACAGUGCAUGCAGAAGAGCAAAGGGAAGUCACCAUGUCAGAGAACUUCCAGAAAGUAAGCUCUUCAGCCUACCAAACAAAAGAGGAAGAAAUGUCAAGACAGCAGACCUGUGUAAGCAAAAGUUACACAGACGUGAGCCAGAAUCAUGGUAAAAUCAUACAACAAAACGGGUUUGGCUUAGCACCAGACACAAACCUCUCUUUUCAGUCCUCUGAAGCUCAAAAAGCAGCAUCUUUGAAUAGAACAGCUAAACCCUUCCCUUCUGGGGUUCAAAACCGAGCAGCUGCACCAUUUUCACCUACAAGAAAUGUCAUUAGUCCUCUUUCAGAUAUACCAGCACCCCCGCCCUACUGCUCUAUUAGCCCACCGCCUGAGAAUUUUUACAGACCCGUAUCAGCUCCUGCAACAAGCAAAGCUGCACCAACCUUGUGGUCACUCACAGAGCCAACCGAACGCAUAGCAUCCAGAGAUGAAAGGAUUGCUGUGCCAGCCAAAAGAACUGGGAUAUUGCAAGAGGCAAAGAGAAGAAGCACAUCAAAACCUAUGUUCUCUUUCAAAGAAGCACCAAAAGUAAAUCCUAAUCCUGCCCUGUUGUCCCUCGUACACAAUACAGAAGGCAAAAAGGGUACUGGAGCUGGUUUUGAGUCAGGACCUGAAGAAGACUACCUCAGUUUGGGAGCAGAAGCUUGCAAUUUCAUGCAGAGUCAAGCAUCUAAACAAAAGACCCCUCCUCCUAUUGCUCCAAAGCCUUCAGUCAAGGUCUCUCCUACUGCUGGUACCCCAGUUUCACCUGUUUGGUCACCUCCAGCUGUGGCUGCUAACAAGGCUCCUUCUUUCCCAGCUCCAGCCUCACCACAGGCAGCAUACCCUGCACCACCCAAAUCCCCACAGUAUCCUCAUUCUCCUUCUGCCAAUCCCCCAAAUACUCUCAACCUAGCUGGUCCUUUCAAAGGGCCUCAGGCAACGCUAGCGAGUCCAAACCACACACCCAAGACACCAGUCACACCAAGUGCUGGAGAAACAAAGACGCCCUUUGAGAUGCCACCAGCUAUGAGUGGAAAAGGAGCACAAUUAUUUGCCAGAAGGCAUUCUCGAAUGGAGAAGUAUGUGGUUGAUUCAGAGACUGUGCAAGCAAACAUGGCACGAGCCUCAUCUCCAACUCCAUCUUUACCAGCUUCUUGGAAAUACUCAUCUAAUGUCCGAGCACCUCCACCUGUAGCUUACAAUCCCAUCCACAGCCCAUCUUAUCCUCUUGCUGCUACCAAACCUUCCUCUAAGUCUGCUGCUGCUACCAAAAAUACCAAAAGAAAACCUAAGAAAGGUCUCAAUGCUUUGGAUAUUAUGAAACAUCAACCUUAUCAACUUGAUGCGUCUUUAUUUACUUUUCAACCUCCAAGUACUAAGGAAAGCCUAGCUAUUAAGCAGACAUCAAAGUUGCCUACUUCAAAGCAAGCUCUGUCUUUACGACCACCUGGUGCCGGCUCUCCUACUAAUGCCCGGGCAUCUUCAGUGUACUCCGUGCCAGCCUACAGUACACAGCCUUCAUACCAGUCAAAUGCCUCUACCCCUGUAAAUGAGUCCUAUUCACCUACAGGCUACUCUGCAUUUUCUAAGCCGGAAACAACCACUUCCUCUUUGUUUACUGCUCCGAGGCCAAAAUUUUCAGCAAAGAAAGUUGGCGUCACUGCACAGGAAAGAAGCAGUGGACGUUCAUUAUCACUUCCUGGGAGACCUUCUGCAUUCGUUUCUCGAGCCAUAUCUCCUACUUCUCCUCUUAUAUUUCAGCCUGCCCCUGACUACUUCAGCAAGCCAGAUACAGCAGCUGACAGGCCUGGCAAGAGACCGACUCCCUGGGAAGCAGCAGCAAAAUCCCCUCUUGGCCUAGUGGAUGAAGCUUUUGGGCCCCAAAGUAUGCAGGAAUCCAUUGCUGCUAAUGUAGUAUCAGCUGCUCGCAGGAAAACACUUCCUGAGCCACCAGAUGAAUGGAAACAAAAAGUUUCUUAUGAGCCUCCAGCUCCAAGUGGUAGCGUAGCUUUAUUAGGAGGGAAGCAGUCGGGUAUUCUAUCACCCCAAAAAAGCUCCCUGUCUGUCCAGAAUGCCACCAUGCAGGGUGGCUCUCAGUUGCAGUAUGCUUACUACAGCCAACGGUCCCGAACAGAUCCUGAUAUAAUGUCCAUGGAUUCCAGGUCUGACUAUGGCGUGUCAACAGCUGAUUCAAACUACAAUCCACAGCCACGGGGAUGGAGGCGUCCAACAUGAACAGCAGAAGGGCCUGGCAUAUUCUCCCUUCUUCCAGCUUUACAGGCCUUAGAUUUGAGUUGGAGAAGGAAAGCUUCUUGCCAGCCUCACCAUCUCUGAACUAAAGAAACGAGGAGGCAAAAUUGAAUGGAGCACAGUUUUCAUAUGACUGCAAGGCUAACAGCUGCUAGAAUAGACUCAGUUUUACACCUAACCUAAGAUAGUUUUGUUUGCAAAAGGGCAAAAUUACACAUUUCUUGGGGGUGGGGAUGAAGGUGGGCAACCAUGUGCUCAAUACAGAAAUACAGAAAGGAUUUAGAUGGAGACAGCACAACUGUUUGCGGUUAAGAUAAUGUGAAAAAAAGAAAAAAAAAAAAAAAGGAAAAUAAGGGCAUUUUAAAGGCUAGAAGUAUUUGGCAAGGUCUUGUAGGUUUUCUGGAUAUGCUAGACACCUGAGUUUCAGGGUACUAGAUACAACCAGACCUGAGAAAGUUCCAGUGGAAAUGGAAGAUUGGGAAUCACUGGUUUAUUGGCCCUAUGUUUUCUUUACUGCAUUUAAAAAAAAGCUAGGAAAGGAAAUCAGUGAAUAAUUAUACCAUGGUAACAUAUAAAAUAGGUCUGUGGUCAUGGUACAUGAAUCUCUACAACAAGUAGAUAUACUUUAAUCUCAUGCAGUCAUACAUUUCAGAUGGAUUUCAUGACAGUUUCAAUGAAGUUUUGCAUAUUAUAAUUAAUUGCAUAAUCUGAACACAACAGGAAGAACGGCAUUGUUAAUAGAGACCAGUACCAUGAUAUUUGAACAACAAAAGGGAUGAAGAAAGUAUUUAGAUUGUAUUUAAACUGGAUUGCAAGCUGAUUUUGUAAUAAACUAUCAAACAAGACUGAGGCUGGAACAGCCUUUAUUUCUCUGUGAAAUGCACUACUUGCUGAACAUGUACUGCUACAGUUAUCUAGUACUUUGGCUGGGCAGUUGUUCUUCUUAUGUAGGUAGCUCAAUGUUUAGAAGGCUUUUGAUUUGUAUUCUCAGUUCAGAAGACAUAAAUAAGUUGUUCAUCAAGCAUAAUACCUGUUCUAUGUAGAAGGUGGUAUGUGAAAGUGGGUUUAUGAUAUGUGUUACAUGGUAUGAGUCUAGUAUGAGUAGCAAAUAUUUGAACAGUUGGUUACAAUUGAAUUAUCUUGAUGGAUCUGAAGAGAUGCUAAAUAAUUGUUGCUGGUGAUACAUAUCUUGAAUUUUUAGCUUAUUGAAGCAACAGAAAUAUGUGUCUAAAAUAUACAUAUUGCAAGCUUAUUGGGUAGUUUAGAUGUUGUUAAGGCAUUAAAUGCAUACCCCAAGCUUUACAAAGUGCUCUGCAUCCUCCUCGUUUUGUGGGGCAUUCUUCAAGGAUCUGUCAAGCACUGCAAACUAAAAUUACUGCAGAAACACUAGAAACACUGCUAAGCAUCAUUUUCAUUAAGAUUGUCAACUCUGCAUAAAGUGGUUAGAUUAGAAAGAACUGAAGCAAGUAUAUGAGAAAGAACAUAUUACAUUCCCAUCUGCAAACAGUUUUCAGUUAUAACAAUUAUAAAAUAUAAUUGGUAUAAAAGAAACAAGAAGAGUAAACCAAAUUCAUCUGAGCUGGAACUUCCUAUAGGAGCAACUAAUCACAUGAAAUAUACCUUUAAUGAGUUUAAGUUGGCAGUAAUUCUCUAGUCAAACACAAAUCUCUUUGUAAUCAACCAGUCCUUUUGACCACUGAAGAAAUGAAGACAUGGGAGUUGUAAACCUUUAAAUUAGUAUCAUAUUGCUAUUGCACCUUACAAAUUUAUUGUGAAAGAAAUUUAUGAAAUUCUGAAUUUGUAAAGAAAAGAUGAUUUAGAAAAAAUAUACAAACAAGGCCGCCACGGUAUGUCUGAAAAUGAGCUUUGCACCUUAGAGUCGUACACUCGCAUAAUCAGAUUAAAUUUUCUUGACAAGGAAAAAAAAUUACAUUUUUCUCUGCAGGGCCCCAUAAUGUCCUUUUUUGACACCACUGGGAAUAUUGCCACUGAAACCAAUAGGCCUGUGGUAGUCCCAUUAGCCUUAAGGGCCUAAGUUCGGAUCCAGGCCUACUUCCCUGGAAAUACAUGUCAAGUUUUCACCUGUUUUCAGUAUAACUGUGAUUUAGCAGUAAUGCUUUAUAAUUCUAACUCAUCAAAGCCUUAAGUAGUUAAUUAAUGCUAGUGUACAUGUAUUUCACAGAAGGACUACAUUCUGAAAACUAUAUAAUGCUUACAUAUUCUGCUGAAGUGUGGUCUGUAUUACAAUAAUAAAAUGAUUCCCUGUAUCCAAGUCAAGUUUAGGUUUCUGUUUUCAACUUAAUCCUUUACACUGUUAAACUAGAGAACUAGAGAACAGUGAGACAUAUGUUUACCAAAUGCAAUUAUUUUAAUUCUCAGAAUCAAGUGCAUAGCUGUUGAAUUCUCAUUGAAACUAACAUUAUGAAUUCUAAUAUCCUAUGUCUAAUGGAAGGAAAGGUGUGCUUAAUUUUAAGGUUCAUGCAAUUAAAAAUUCUGGUAAGAAUUUCUAAAUUUCGAUAUUUCAAAAAAAAAGAUAUAAAGUGAUAUUAAGAAAUAUUUAAUGCUGUGAUCACACAGCAAUCAAUGUGGGAAAUCAUACUUUAGAACCAAGCUCUAAAAAAAAUCCCAAAUAUGCACUAAACAUGUAAGCAAAGCAGAAUCAGAGAGCUUCAGACAGAAUCACUGACCUUCAAUAUCUCAAGAAAAAAAGAAAAUGUAGCCUGAUAAUUUUCUUCUCUUGAUAAGAAGGGAUUCAUCAGUAAGUACUUCUGUGAACAUGAGAAUUAACAACGCUGAGUUUCCUAUGGAUUUGUAUCUUAUCAUAGAUUAACUUGGGUGUUUAACAUGAUCUACUACAGAUUUUGUUUCCUACUGCCGAGGAAUUAGUAGUUCUCUUUCCCAUAUGGAUUCGCUUAUGUCUGAUAUGGGACAAGUUCACCCUGCAGAAUUUCUCUCAAGAGUGACACUGAUAGUGUACCUAUCCUCCACUCAACUGCCUAGUUUUACAGAGUCUGGGGGCAAUGGAUUGCCUCCGAGAUCUAUUCCACUGCAACAUGGAAACAAAACAAACAUUUUCAGAAGCAUUAAUGGAAAGGCAGACAUGAAUACAAGCGUGCAGACAGGUCACGUAGCCUUGUUUACAAAGGAAAUCAGGCUAAAACCAGAUUGAGACAAAGAACUGAUUUCAAUGGAAGCAGCAGGCCCAGACUACUAAAUGAAAUGUUAAUGCAUACAGAGCUUUAUGAAGAAUCACACAGCAUCUUUCACUUUGUUCUUCACCCCAUUCCUCCACUAGCAGAGCAUCUUUCUAUCAUAUAGUUGUGACUGUUGUGUGUGAGUUCUGACUAUAUUAAUACAAGUAUUUCUUACAUUUGGUUUUGAAUGCACAGAUCUGCUCAAUAAAUAGGGACAAAAAGUUUUGAUAUUUUAAAUGCAGUUUUCCUAUUCACCCUCAGAGGUGUCUCUGUCAAAAUGCAAAGGAUUUGAAUACACAAUAUAACUGAAAAUUUAGAUUCUUUAGUUAUGCUAGAUGAUGAUGUUCACAACUCUUGUUCAUAGUUUGUUUUCAGUUUGGUUUGCUUUAACACAACCAAAUAUCUAUUCACAUUGCAUUUCUGCCUAGUAGCAAAAGACUGUAUUAUCUUUAUAAAAGGCUUUUCACUUCUAAAGGCUUUUUGUUCACUGCAAAGGACACUUUAUUUGAGAGUGCAUGCCAGAGAUGUAAAUUGUAUCAUUUAAUAAAGUGAUUUGACCAACCA